AUGUCAAUUUUUAGGUUGGCAACUUACCCUGACGAUGAACUGAUCAUGGCUUUUCAUAUCAUACUAGAAGAGAUAGAAACCUUACGAAGCAACAGCAUCCUCGGCUUCUCGUUCUUUGCUGACGAUUUGGUGGAAACCGCUCAGAACAUUGUGGAUCUGGUGUUCAGGAGUCAUGGCGGAUGGGCUUUCCUUCAGCUUGGACAGCACCAGCAGUCCUUCCUCCAGCAGCUGCAGCAAAAUCACUCUUUCAACUUGCCUCAACCGAACUUCUUCAUCAAUCAGCAGAUACCAGCACCAGCGAUGAUUGGCCAGGCUCCCACCCAGAACGUCGUAGUGCACUCACAUGUAGCUUCAGCUCCCACCCAGAACGUUGUAGUGCACUCGCAUGUAGCCCCAGCGCCCGCUCAAAUCCAAGGGCCCUCCGAACAAGACAAAAACGAGCUUCAUCUCGACCGACUCAACAAAGAAAACGAUCGCAACGAGAAGUUGAAGAACAGGUACGAGGAUGAACUAGCAGUGAAAGAGCGAGCCAGGUUGGAAGCUGAAGCGAAGAAGACGAUUGAGGCAGCGGAGGAGAAGGCGCGUAAGCUCAAGGAGGCCGAAGAAAGAUUCGAAAGGACCAAGAUUGAAAACAAUUUGAAAGAGGACACAAUACUGCGCAUUGACGAAGCGAAGAGCAGACAAGACGAGCUGGAUCGUAAGACGCGUGAGAUAACGGAGAGGACAGAGCAGGAAAAGAUUGAUGCUGCACGAAGGUUUGAGAAAACACGUCAGGAAAUAGCCGCGAAAAGGGAUCGGGAGAGACAAGAGGAGGAGAGGCGAGAUCAGGAGAGACAGCGACAGCUCGAUGCCUCCAGGAACCGAACUCAAGAGUUGAAUGGUCAAUCAUACAACCAGCAGCGCAUGCUGCCGGAACGCGAAAGACCACGAAGGUCCUCUCCGAUUCCACAAAAUCAACUCGUUUCUGACGACGACGAUGACGAUGACGACAGCGACGAAGAAAAGCGGAAAGAUCCGUACGAACUUAUCGGGCUGCCCGACAGAGGACGCACACCAGUUAAAGACAUUGAAACUACACAAACAGUGUUGAACAAGAUACAUCAGAAGACACUCGAGACUGCGAUGUCAGAAUCUAAAAGAAAACACGCUGAGAAACGUAUGGUCGAGAUCAAGUGGGCAGCGGCCAUUCUCUUGGAUGAAAUGAACAAGAGGGCUUAUGAUGAGGCUGGUGCUAUAUUUCCCCAUGAGCAGCAGGCUUGGAGGAGGAAGAGUAAGUGA